AUGGUGAAGAAAGUUGGAAAAUACGAGAUUGGCAAGACGCUGGGCGAAGGAACCUUCGGAAAAGUCAAAUACGCGGUAAAUACGGAAACAGAUGAGCGCGUGGCCAUUAAGGUACUGGACAAGGAGAAGAUUCAAAAGCAAAAUAUGGGUGCGCAGAUCAAAAAAGAGAUCUCGAUCAUGAAGAUGGUGCGACACAAGCAUGUUGUGGUGCUGAGAGAAGUGCUAGCGAGUCGUACAAAGAUUUUCAUCGUUCUCGAGCUGAUCACGGGCGGCGAACUCUUUGAUAAGAUCGUUAGCGAAGGAAGAUUUGGCGAAGAGACGGCGCGCUUUUACUUUCGUCAACUCGUGGAUGGAGUUCAAUACUGCCACGAAAGCGGCGUGUGCCAUCGCGAUCUGAAGCCAGAGAAUUUGCUGCUAGACGAAAAUGGUGAUUUAAAAAUUUCGGACUUUGGUCUCUCGGCUUUGUACGAAGGAGGCGGUCCGGACGGUCCGGAGAGCUCGCGUGCCUCGCUAUUGCACACAACGUGUGGCACACCUAAUUACGUGGCCCCUGAAGUCCUUGCUGACAAAGGUUACGAUGGACGUGCGGCUGAUGUCUGGUCCAUGGGAGUUAUUUUGUAUGUGUUGCUGGCUGGAUUUCUACCGUUCGAUGAGCCCACGAUGUCGGCGCUUUUCCGCAAGAUCCAGAAGGCCGAAUUCUCGUAUCCAAGUUGGUUCACUCCGCGAGUCAAAGCGCUUUUGAAUCGCAUUCUCGUCCCAGAACCAGAGAUGCGUAUAAUGAUCAAGGAAAUUUUGCAAGACGAGUGGUUCACGAACGCUUACGAUGAUAAUGAUCAAGUGACUCCCGUGGCAGGACCUGGCACAGUUAGUGACGAAUUGGCGGAUGCUCCGGUGCCAAAUCCCGUCGACCACAUGACGAUUAAGCCGAGCCAAGCAGAUUUGGACGCUGCUAUUCAAGAGCAUCAAGAUGAGAUCAACUGCGACAAAAAGGACAAACUGGACGGCGGGUUGAAAGUAAUGAAUGCGUUUGACCUGAUCAAUAUGUGCGGAGGCAUGGCGCUAAAUCGCAUGUUUCAGAGCAAUGAUGAGAAACGAGUGAAGCGAUCGACACAGUUUACGUCCACCAUUCCGGCAGCGAGCAUCAUGACUCGUCUGACCGGGCAUUUGGAGAAUCUGCAUUGUGAAAUUACAGUGGAGAAUUCGUCAAAAGUAAAGGCAGUACUGCAAACCCCCAAGGGAGCUGUUGGAGUGGUCAUUCAGAUUUUUAUGCUUGCAGACAGUCUCCACCUGGUUGAGGUGCGUCGUGGAAAGGGCGAUAUUUUCGAGUAUCACAAGUUCUAUACGCAGUUAAACGAGCAGAUGAAAGAAUUGAUCGCGCCCUCCGGUAGCAGCUAA